AUGACUCAGAUCAAGGUCGGCGACACCCUCCCCAGUGUUUCUCUCAAGUACUGCCCCUACGAUCCCGCCCUGGAGCAUGCCUGCGGAGUCCCCCAAAACCUGGAUCUGAGCUCCUUCAAGGGCAAGAAGGUCGUCAUCUUUGGUGUCCCUGGUGCAUUCACUCCCACCUGCAACAACCAGCACUUGCCUGAGUUCUAUCAGAAGUAUGAUGAAUUCACCAAGAAGGGCGUUGAUCAGAUCAUUUGCCUUGCCACCACCGAUGCCUUCGUCAUGGACGCUUGGGGCAAGUGGACCAAGACGGGCGACAAGAUCAUCCUUGCUGCCGACGGCAACGGCGACUUUGUUACCGCGACUGGGCUCACCCAGGACCUCAGCAAGCUCGGCAUGGGUGCUGUUCGCUCCAAGCGCUUUGCCCUCGUUGCUGACGAUUUGAAGGUCACCUAUGUCGGCGUCGAGACUGGUCCCGGUGUCUCCGUCUCUGGUGCCGACGCUGUUCUCGCCCACUUGUAA